CAGAGAGUUUGAGCUUCUGUGAAGUAUCGACUCGGAUCAAAGAAGGUUUUGUUUGCUUUUAUUGUUUUUAUGGCUGUUAUGAUGUCCUGUCGUAAAUACAUCGCCCCUCUAGUGUUCUGUGCCCAAGUGGCCAGCUCGUUUUUUGACACCGCUCUCCAAAUGGUGGUUAAAGAACGAUGCGCAAACGCCACCGACCGAGACAGCGAGCAGAAAGCCAUCACAAACUUCAACAUGACCUUCAACAUGGUGCUCAAAUUCAUGCCGAUUGUGCCAGCGAUCCUUCUGGCAAAGGUUGGAGACCGAGGUUACAGGAAAGUGCCAAUAGUUGUUCCUCUGGUUGGUUACUUUCUGUCCAGAGGUUUGCUCUUGCUGGAUAUCGUGCUGGAAUGGCCUGUCCAGGUGCUUUACGCGGUGCCGGUGAUCCAUGGACUGUGCGGCGGGUUCGCAUCGUACUGGGCAGGUGUGAUGGCGCUGGUGUCGGUGUGCUCCGGUGAGGAGGAGCGGUCCGUGCGCAUCAUGAGAACCGAGCUGGUGUAUGGAGUCGCCGGGUUCAUUGGUAGUUUGGCUUCUGGUCACUUAUUUAACCUCUAUACCGUAGGUCUCCAACAAGGAGCCAUUUUAUCUAGUUUGUGUGUGCUCCUGUAUUUCCUCUGCCUGCUCUAUGCCGCAUUUUUCCUGCGGGUCGGUCUUUUCUCCGAGCUUGGAGAGAGGCAGGAGCGCCGGGAAAGUGUUGGGAUCAUAAACCACGAAGCCCGCGAUAAAAUAAACAUCGCUUUGCUCUUCGGCAGUGGGAUUUUGUAUGAUAUAGCAGUGGCUGGAGGAAUGGAGAUGUUGGUAGCUUAUGUGCUCAAAGACCCCCUCAACUGGGGCGCAACCGAGGUGGGUUAUGGAAACGCGGCUGGAUCCCUUCUCUUCAUCACCAGUUUUUUGGGUGUGAAGAUGUUCACAAAAUGUUCAGUUCGAGAUGAGAGCAUGGUCAUGAUCGGGAUGGUGUCUUUCGCAGCUGGGAUUUAUUUCAUGGCAUUUGUGACCACAACUCCGAUGUACUUUUUGGCUCGCUCUAUCACUCUGUUUGCUCUGAUUCCAAUGCCCACCAUUCGCUCGCUGCUGUCCAAACAGGUCAGGGGAACCUCAUAUGGCAUUACCUUUGUCAUGCUCCAGUUGUCCUUCAAACUUGCAAGCUUGGUCACCACACCCAUCUACACUGAGAUCUAUCAGGCCACACUUAACACCUUCCCAGGGUUUGUCUUCAUACUGUCCAGCAUCUUCACUGUUCUUUCUAUGAUACCCAUUAGUAUUGUAGGAUGUCGAUCUGCAAGACAUGAUGGAUAUGAGAGAAUUCAAGGGAACUGACUGACAGCAUCAGCCACACCAAAGCAGACAAUGUAUCAGAAAUGGACAAGUUUGUAGGUUUACACUGAUGUUACGUACAAUAGAGGAUAUUCUACUAGGAUAAUGCUACUUCCUGUUGCACUGUGGUUACACUGCGUUAUUGGUAAUGCAAUAUGUGUAGCAUCUUAUUUGCCAAGGUUUUUUUUAACAUCUAUGUAUAAAAUGCUGACAAUCUUUAGUUUUUAGGUAUUUUGGUAAUAAUUUACAAUACAUUUCCAUUCGUUGUUAACAUUGACUGCAUUAGUAAACAUGAACUCACACUGGAACAUUCUUCGAAAGUAUAUUAAU